AUGGGCUCCGACGAAGAGCACCGUGGCCAGCGGUCGCGACGUAGCCGCCACGACGACCAAGACGACGACGAACGGCCCCGCCGAGAACGAGAUACCACAGAUCGCGAUAGCCACCGCCGCAGACGCAGCAAAGAUCGCAGCGACACCCACCGCGACCGCGAUCGUGAACGUGAUCGCGAUCGUGAUCGCGGCUCGGACAGACCACCACGCAAAGAACGACGAAGAUCACGAUCACGCGACAGGCGCGAGACGUCCCGCCGCUCGCGCUCACCAGACCCUUCCGCGCGGAAACGCUCCCGCUCACGAGACCGCGAUCGCGGCGAUCGCGACAGGCACAGACGGAGGCGAUCCCCUCGUGACGACGACCGCAGCAGCAGAGACAAAGACUCCCGUCGCCGCCGACACCGCGACCGCAGUCCAACCUCCGACUCGGGAGACGACAACUCCAAACCUUCAGAGCGCAAACGCCUCACGGCACCCACAAGCCCCAUCCGCCGCUCGGGACCGCUCCCGGACCAAGACGCCUCCUUCGCCGUCUCCAAAGGCGAAGAACCCGAAAAACCAAAAGAAAAACCCAACCUCCGCACAACAGGUCUCCUCGCAGCGGCCUCCAACUCGGUUCAACAAGCCGACGGCACCUCCAUCGCGCUGAAAUACCACGAACCCGCCGAGGCGCGCAAGCCGCCCGCCCGCGACCAGUGGAAGCUCUUCGUCUUCAAGGGGGACGACGUGGUCGACACGGUGGACCUGAACCUGCGGAGCUGCUGGCUGAUGGGGCGGGAGGCGGCCGUGGUGGACUUCGCGGCGGAGCACCCGAGCAUCAGCAAGCAGCACGCCGUGAUCCAGUUCCGGCACGUGGAGAAGCGGAACGAGUUUGGUGACCGGAUCGGCAAGGUGAAGCCGUACCUGAUCGAUCUCGAGAGCGCCAACGGGACGGUGCUGAAUGGGGACAAGGUUGCCGAGAGUCGGUAUUAUGAGCUGAGGGAUAAGGAUAUGAUUAAGCUGGGGCAUAGUACGCGGGAGUACGUGCUCAUGCUGGCGCCGAAGGACUAG